AUGCCAUCGAUUCCACAGCCGACGGCAGAGCUUGAUUCCGGCAGGAAGAAUUUGCCACUGCAGUUCACCCAGACAACUGCUGCUCAGGUGCUGACAGCUGCGCACGUGGUCGCCGACAGCAAAUACUUGCAGGUGCAGCGAACAAACGAUCGCUACAGCGGCGAAAAGUUCCGUGCUCAUGUUGCGGCUGUCUGUCACGAGAUCGACCUGGCGUUGUUGACAUUGGAAGAAGAAGCGAUCUUACAGGAGAUGAAGCCUUUGGUCGUGGGAUCUGCUACAGAGCUGCCACGGGUCUUCGACAAGGUUCGUGUCGUGGGCUACCCGGUCGGUGGUGAUGCUUGCAGUGUGACGGAGGGCGUCGUCAGCCGUGUAGAGGUUCAGGAGUACUCGCAUUCCUUGCGAUUUGGGCUCGCUCUUACGGUCGAUGCUGCCAUUAACAGCGGCAAUAGCGGAGGACCUCUAGUGGAUGCAUCCACAGCACACGUGGUUGGCGUUGCUUUUCAAAAAAUGGUGGGCAGAGGUGUGGAGCUCCAGGGGCACGCUGUUCCGUCGCCCGUCAUUCAGCGAUUCCUGGAGGAUGUCGCCAGUGCAGAAUCGAAGGAUGGCGUCAGCUCGAAAACAAUCCGCUUGCGAAUGCCCUCGCUCGGUUGCGACUACCAGUCGUUGGAGCCAUCUGCAUUGCGUGAACAUCUCAAGUUGGGUGGUCGCAGAGGAAUUCUUGUCAGCAGGCUACACAGUGCAAGCCAUACUGCACCUGCUUUGAAAAGCGGUGAUGUGCUGAUGGCUUUUAACGGCUUUGAUCUAGAUGAACUUGGGUUUUGCAACCUCUUCGGACGGCGGCUGCACUUUGGAGCUGCCCGCGAUCUUUGUCGAGUUGGCACCACGGUGUCAAUGAGGAUAUGGCGAGCACAUGCUGAACAUACAGUCCAACAGAUGCUGCAGCCCGCACAGCACUUGGUGCCUAGGGGUCAAUUCGAUGUGCGGCCGCGCUUCUUCAUGGUUGGCGGACUGGUGUUCCAGCCGUUGAGCAAUGAGUAUUUGCAAGGAUGGGCGGCUCACGAGCGGCCAGCCCACCUGCAGGACUUGUUCUUAUCAGGCCACGUGACUCCGGAAAAAGAUGAGGCCGUCAUCCUGACCCAGGUGCUGGCCGACAUUAUCAACACAGGCUAUGACAGUGGCUGGGUUGGAGCCCCUGUAGUUGAACAAGUCAAUGGUGUUGCUGCCUUGACCUCGGAUGUGGGCUUCCGUGCGUCGUUGGCUUUCACUGGCAACUGGCACAUCAGGUCGCUGCAUGCCGCCAGCGUCACCGACAACCUGUGCAUUCAGGUAGCACGCAAUCGCAUUUUACAGAUGACCGAGUUCAAGCGCACAGCGCAAGCCGUGGAUGAGACGCUGGGUCCUACAAUGGAAAAGCUGAGCCGCAAGGCUGCUGAAACGGACCCGGCGAGGCAAACUUACGGACCUCAAAUGCGUGAAAAGAUCAUUGCGCUGGCCGACAGAUGGACAUCUGUCGGAGGUCUAGCUCGCGAUGUCUUGGCAGCGAAGGGAGGCAGCGUUGUUGCAGCCAUGGAGGCGCACGUCUUUUCCCUUCAUACAGCAAACGGUGACAUCGCACUUUGGUCCAGACCGAAUGAGUAUGAAAAGUACCUCUGGGAUGCAUUCCAUGAUGUUGCGAGGCAGAAGCAGUGCCCAGUAGGCAGAAGGGAACGCGGAGCGCCACCGAACAUCGACACGUCGGUGCAAAACUGGUCAGCAGUUCUAGUCCGCAGUCAGAAAGCGCUGCCCACCAACGCCGCGCCCAAGCCGAGGUGGCUGCAGCGCGCACCGUUGGCGGAGCGCGCUGGGCACGGACGCGCACGAAGUGCUGGAGCAGUUGCUGUGCUCCAGCGUUCCACCAUCCCCCCCGUCAUGCGUCGCUGCGCAAGGGUUGGGGAAGGCCCGCGCGCGUCAGCGGCAAAACGAGCGACGCAUCGCAACACAGGGCUCCGUCGCGCCGUAGAUGACUACAUCCAGGCGGCUGCUGCGCUCAUUUGCGGGGACGCCGGGCGCACUGGCGUGUGCGAACGAUUGCUGGGGGAUCGCCUGGCGAACAGCUUCCCAGGCUAUGUGCACCCGUGCCUGUUCCAGGCCAGCGCGCAGGCAUGCCGGGGCGUAGCUGCCGUACGCAUCUAUGUGUGCUCCGCAGCCCCGGCGGGCCACAACGGCCCUCCUCGUAUGGCGGUCAUCCAGGGUCCUGCUUCGCGGUCCUUGUUUCCCUCGCUGGGUGGACGCUGGGUGGAGGGGAGCAUGCUUUUCUGUCGGCAUCCAAAAGACCGCGCCGGAACCAUUCCCUUUCGACCGCCGGGGUCUAUCACGCACCCGCGCGAGGGCGGCGCGGUCUAUCACGCCCCGAUCGAGGGCGGCGGGGUCUAUCACACACCCGAUCGAGGGCGGCGGGGUCUAUCACGCACCCGCGCUGCUAACCUUUUUGGAUUUCUUUGGCGAGGGGGUCGGCACGCAGAGUUGCCACAUGCUGUCCCAUGGGUGACCAGCACGGCCGCGAGCAAAGCCUGGAAACUCUUCCUGCUUACUCCCCGCAUUCUGUGGGCGCGCCCGAAGCAUCAAAUCGCCAAGGCCGCCGUCUGGGCAUGGCCCAUGCAUAGCAACAGAGCUGCUGGCAAUGGCAAUGGCGCUUCCGGCAAUGCGGUGAGGGCCCGCACGGAAACCAGCGCGGGGCUGGCCACAAAAGCUGCAUGGGCGAUUGCUGUCCGCAGUUUCCACGGUCGCUGCGGUCGGGUGGGCCGCGCAUCAUCCGCCAAAGCCCUGGCCGCUGCUCCCGCAGUGGCGCCCGCCGCCAGCGUCCCCAGAUGCCGCCAGCGCGAGAAGGCUUGCGCUAAAGUCCGCCAAAGCGAACUGUCCGGCACCAGUCACAUCCUCGCGGAGGGCUACGUGGGUUGCGUUGGCCGACCCAGGCAAAUGCAACACCUGCUCCAGUACCAGCCUGAGGAACCCGUUCGCCUAUCUGCACAUGCCGUGGCCAACGCACUACGCGAAGCACGCCGGGGUGCAGGCCCGGCUGCCGGAAGGUUACUCCUUCCACAAGCGCAAGCACCACCGAGCAACUGUGCACAGACGCUGGCCUCCUGUACCAGCUCAUCGUGCUCGAAGCGCCGGGUCAUCCACAGGCUCGCUGACGCUCCCAGGAAUUACUGCGAUCCCAAGCUUGCGGCGAUCCCCACGGAGCCGGCCACCACGCUGCCACCACCUGCAGCAGCCGCUGUAACGUGGCAACUCUCCCCGAUCACACGUUUCGUGGCGCUGCCAAUGACGCAACCGGCAAAGUAG